AGCUACUUCCUACUGAAGCUCCUCUGUUACACUGACCUCUCUGUCAGCUUUAACAUCCGAUUGACUUUAGAUAGAAUCUCUCCACGAAUCUCCUCAUCAUGGGGCUGACAAAGGAUCCUAACUACAAGAAACUGGAGCAAUGGUACAAAUCAAACGCCGGAACCUUGAACAUGAGAGAGAUGUUUGAUGAAGACAAGGACAGGUUCUCAAAAUUCAGUGUAACCCUUGAGACUGAUGACGGUGACUUACUUUUGGAUUAUUCAAAGAAUCUCAUCAAUGAAGAUGUUCUGAAUUUGCUGCUGGACAUGGCGAGGUCACUGGGAGUGGAGGCAGCCAGGGAGCGCAUGUUUGCUGGAGAAAAGAUCAACUUUACUGAGGGCCGAGCUGUUCUUCAUGUUGCCCUGAGGAACCGCAGUAACACCCCAGUCCUGGUGGAUGGGAAAGAUGUCAUGUCUGAGGUGAACAGAGUCCUGGAGAAAAUGAAGGGGUUCUGCCAUAGAGUGCGCAGUGGAGCAUGGAAAGGCUUCAGUGGUAAAGCCAUCACUGAUGUUGUGAACAUUGGCAUUGGUGGAUCUGACCUGGGUCCGUUGAUGGUGACCGAGGCUCUGAAGCCUUAUUCUAAAGGUGGCCCAAAUGUCUGGUUCGUGUCCAACAUUGAUGGGACACACAUGGCUAAGACUUUAGCUCAGCUGAAUGCAGAAACCACCCUCUUUAUUAUUGCAUCCAAGACUUUCACCACACAGGAGACAAUCACUAACGCCGAGUCAGCUAAGGAAUGGUUCCUGCAGACAGCCAAGGACGCUUCUGCUGUGGCCAAACACUUUGUGGCUCUCUCCACCAAUGCGCCCAAAGUGAGAGACUUCGGUAUCGACACGGAGAACAUGUUUGAGUUCUGGGAUUGGGUUGGUGGCCGUUAUUCGCUGUGGUCUGCUAUUGGUUUGUCUAUCGCUCUGCACGUAGGGUUCGACAACUUCGAGCAGCUUCUAGCCGGUGCCCACUGGAUGGAUAAACACUUCUGCUCAGCUCCACUGGAGAAGAACGUUCCUGUGCUGCUUGCCUUGCUCGGUGUUUGGUACAUCAACUUCUUCCAGGCUGAGACUCAUGCUAUGUUGCCCUAUGACCAGUAUAUGCACCGCUUUGCAGCUUAUUUCCAGCAGGGUGACAUGGAGUCUAACGGAAAGUACAUCAGCAAGAAUGGAACCCGUGUGAACUACCACACAGGACCAAUCGUAUGGGGAGAACCGGGGACAAACGGCCAGCAUGCUUUCUACCAGCUCAUUCACCAAGGAACUCGUAUGAUUCCAGCUGACUUCCUCAUACCUGCUCAAUCUCAGCAUCCAAUCAGGGAUAAUCUGCAUCAUAAGAUCCUGAUGGCCAACUUCCUGGCUCAGACGGAGGCUCUGAUGAAGGGAAAGACAACGGAUGAAGCCAGAAAGGAGCUGGAGGCUGCUGGCAUGAGCGGCGAUGCUCUGGAGCGACUUCUGCCACAUAAAGUAUUCCAAGGAAACAAGCCAAGCAACUCGAUCAUCUUCAAGAAGUUGACACCUUUCAUGCUGGGAGCCAUGAUUGCCAUGUAUGAGCACAAAAUCUUUGUGCAAGGUGUGAUGUGGAAUAUCAACAGUUAUGACCAGUGGGGUGUGGAGCUGGGUAAACAGCUGGCUAAGAAGAUCGAGCCUGAGUUGCAGGACGAUUCGGAGGUCCACACUCACGACUCCUCCACCAACGGGCUCAUCGGCUUCUUCAAGAAAAAUCGUGCAUGAGUUUCUCACUCAGACCCUCUACAGCACCUCUCUGAUGUAGUUUUGGUCUAACACAAGAAGAAUAGCACUUUCAUAUGUAAUCAUUGUCUGUUUGCUGGUCUUUGUGCAUUGUGAGAUUUGUCUGUAUUCUUUUGCUUGUUCUAACCUGUAAAAGGAAUCUUCAUUCCUGUAUGCACUGCGAGGUCUGGAACGCUGUAACUCCCCCCUCACCCUUCUCUUCCUACACGCUUUCCCAUCUGCUUGGUCAAAACCAGCUGGUCAAAAUAAAGAUCUUAUUUAUCA